AUGCCCGAUGAGGAGGGCAAGCCCGAGCUCACCCCGACCGAGGCGCCGUCGGCCAAGCCAGCACAGCCGGCCCAGCCCAAGCAGCAGCCGGCCCAGCCCAAGCAGCAGCCGGCCCAGCCCAACAAGCAGCCCGUGCAGGCCCAGCCCGUGCAGGCCCAGCCCGUGCAGGCCCAGCCCGUGCAGCAGCCCCAGCCCGUGCAGCAGCCCCAGCCCGUGCAGCCCCAGCCCGUGCAGCAGCCCCAGCCCGCAAAAGGGCCCGAGACAAGCCAGACCGCGACCCCCUCUCGAGAGGGCACCUCCCACAACGACGGCCGAGCAUGA